AACGAAGAGGAGAAUCCAGGCGGUGUGGAGUCUCAGGUGCCUUUGUCAGGAGGCUGCGGAAGGAGUGUAUUUUGGGAAUUUAAGAAAGGGGAAGCCCAUGAGAAGAAGGGGAAAAGUUAUCUUGGAGAAAGAUGGACUAGCCCAACUUCCUACAUAGAAAUCCUUGGAGGUGCUCAAGACUCUGCGGCCCACCAGGGACCCAGUCCCUAUAACAAGGAGCACGGGAAUAUCCUUACGGCAAGGCCCUCCAACCUCAUUACCCGGCAGAGACUUCAUAGGAGCAAGAAGCUCCACCGGUGUGCCGAAUGCGGGAGAGGCUUUGGUGUCUUUUCAAACCUCAUCCGCCACCAGAGGACCCACAUUGGGGGAAAACCCCACAAAUGUCCCGAUUGCGGGAAAGGGUUCGGACACAGCUCGGCCCUCGUCACUCACCGGCGUAUCCACACGGGGGAAAAGCCGUACGCGUGCAACGAGUGUGGGAAAAGCUUCAACGUGGUGUCCAACCUCCUGCGGCACCAGAGGAGUCACACGGGAGAGAAGCCUUACCAAUGCCCUGACUGUGGGCGCUGCUGCAGCCAAAGGUCUCACCUGAUCACCCACCGGCGCCUCCACACCGGGGAGAGGCCUUACCAGUGCCUGGAGUGCAGGAAAAGCUUCAACGUUAGUUCUGACCUGAUCAAGCAUCGGAGAAUCCACACGGGCGAGAGGCCCUACGAGUGCCGUUACUGCGGGAAGCGCUUCAGCGGCAGCUCCAACCUCAUCACGCACCAGAGGCUCCACACUGGCGAGAAGCCCUACGUCUGCCCCGAGUGCGGCAAAAGCUUCACAAUCAGCUCCAAGCUGAUCACCCACCAGCGAAUCCACGCGGCAGAGAAGCCGUUCGAUUGCACAGACUGUGGGAAAAGUCGCACUGAAAGGCCCUGCCUCGCCAGGAACCAGCCGAGCCCCUACCGCCGGGAGAAACGCUUCAAAUGCAUUGACUGCGGGAAGAGCUUUACCACCAGCUCCUACCUCAUCACCCACCAGCGGAUCCACACGGGGGAGACCCCCUACAUCUGUGGGGACUGUGGGAAAAGCUUCACAGUUAUCUCCAACCUGGCCAGGCACCAGAGGAUCCACACGGGCGAGAAGCCCUACAAGUGCCCAGACUGUGGCAGGAGCUACAACCAGCGGGCCCACCUGACGACACACCUGAGAGUCCACACAGGGGAGAAACCUUACGUCUGCUCCGACUGUGGGAAGAGUUUCAAUGUCAACUCGUCCCUCACCAAGCACCGGAGAAUCCACACUGGCGAGAAGCCCUACAUGUGUCCCGACUGUGGGAAAACUUUCAGCCAGAGCUCCAACGUCAUCACUCAUCAGAAGCUCCACCACAGUGGUAGCCUCCUUGGCGGCCCCAUCAGGGACCCAACAGGAUCCAAAGCAAAAGAGAAACCGGAGGCAGAUCGCCCCAUCGUCCAUGUUAGCACAGCUGGAGACGUUCCAACAGAAACGGGUCCCCAGGACACUGAACGGGCACCAGAUGAGGUGGCUUCAAUAGAGACCAAACAGACAACCCCCGGGGAGGCUCCUCGAAAAGCUCAACAGGUACUGGAGGAGGUGGUCCUGCCAGAGACUGAUCAGGCUCUGGAGGAAAGGACCCAGCAGCAGGACUUCCAGAAGGCAGCCAAAUCUCGGAGGAAACCUCUGGUGCCUACCCGGUGGGAUAACACAAAAACAUUUCAGACCUCCUUCCAGAGAACAGCUGACGCCGUCCACAGGGCUGAAGAAGACAGGGUGACUCGAACUCCGACAGAUCUCAGCGGAGAAGCUACAGAAGCCUACAGCAGCUUGGGCCCCUCCCGGCAAACAAAGGAUGAGCUCCUGGAUGGAGAGGCCAUCCGUCUGGAGCUACGGCGCCAGCAGUUCAGGCAGUUCUGCUACCUGGAGGCUGAGGGGCCCCGGGAGGUUUGCAGCCAGCUCCGGGACCUUUGCUACCGAUGGCUGCAGCCAGAGAGACACACCAAAGAGCAGAUCUUGGAGUUCCUGAUCUUAGAGCAGUUCUUGGCCAUUCUGCCGCAGGAAAUGCAGCUCUGGGUCAGGAAAUGGGACCCGGAGACCUGUGCCCAGGCCGUGACCCUGGUGGAGGUUUUUGCCUUGAAACUGCAAGAGAAGGAGAGAUGGGACCAGCAGGUGCCAGGCCCACUGGAAAAGGUGGCAGCGAAUUUCUCCAAAGCAAACCCCUUGAAAAUGCAGCUGUACAUGGUGGCCAUGCAAGAGGGUGAAAGGAUAGCCAGUUUGCUGGCAGGUGAUGUCCACAUGAGUGAGAACAAAGAAGCGAAUCUUCAGCCAGAAGGACCAGAGCAAGUGGAUCCCAACCAGGUGUCGCUGGAAAAGGGCAAAGCAAAAGUCUUCCUGUUUCCCAAGAUGGAAGGAGUGCCUGAAAGUCAGCAAGCAGUGAAAGACUGUGAGAUUACUGGAAUGGAAGAGACGUCUGGAAAUCAGUGGCAACAGGGAAACCACCCAGAACAGGCAGUGGAAAAAAACUAUCUUUCUGAAAGGGAGAAAAGUUUAAGUGAAAGCACUUUGCAAGAGGGACUUGACCUAGAUAGGAGAAAAAGGACAGGAAUGGAGAGUGGGAAAAGCUCCAAUCAGAGUGCUGACCCUCUUAAAAACUUGAAUGUCCAGACUGGGAAAAGGCCAUACAAGUGCUCCUAUUGUGGGAAAAUCUUCAACCAUGCCUCAGCCCACUUGGUCCAUGAGAGGAUCCACACGGGAGAGAAACCAUAUAACUGCCUGGAGUGUGGGCAGAACUUCAGUCGCAGAUCACACCUUACCAGACACCACAGAAUCCACACAGGGGAGAAACCGCAUACCUGCUCCAAGUGCGGGAAGAACUUCAGUCGGAGAUCACACCUUAUUGAGCAUGAGAGGACCCAUACAGGAGAGAAACCAUUUGCAUGCUCCACCUGUGGGAAAAGUUUCAAUUACCGGUCCCUCCUCAAAGAACACUCAAGGAUCCACACAGGAGAGAAGCCAUACAAAUGCUCAGACUGUGGAAAGAGCUUCAAUCGAAGAGAGAGCUUUAUCAUCCAUGAGCGGACUCACACAGGGGAGAAGCCAUAUGAGUGCCUAGACUGUGGGAAAAGAUUCAGUCAGCGAUCAAACAUUACUACCCAUGAGAAAACUCACAUGGGAGAGGGAAAAUAUAAAUGUGCAGAGUGCGGGAAAAGCUUCUGCAAUUCCACUAGCCUCCUUAGACACCAGAAAAUCCAUGCAGAGGAAAAGCCAUGUUAAAACAUUCAAAUGCGCAGGAACAAGGACACAAGGUGGUCUUUGCAGUACUGGGACACUUCAAAUGGCAGGUGACAGGUCACAUGACUGAGGGCACUCCAUGAUAACAAGUAAAACAACCUUGCAUGUUGAAAGCUAGCAUUUCAGGGAAAUAAGUUUUAGCCUAGCCACUUCCUUCAUGGGCAGAGGAGCAUCCCAGGCCUAUACCGUGAUCUUCCUGCCCAUUUGAAUCCAAAUUUACUAAAAGGGAAAGCUCUGUAAGUAGCCUGAGGUUAGACUGUAAGAAGGAAAACAUAGUAGUGAAACUAUUCACAAUGGACUGGUAAGGAAAAUGUCAGUGUAUAAAACAACAACCUCCAAGCUGUAGAAACAUCUUGAUCCAGUUCCACUGACCUUGUGCCCCCAUGUUGUUACAAUGUCAGCUAUGGAAGACAAAGAUCAGCACUCAUAAGCCAUGCUGUAGUGCGAGAACUGAGGCAGAUCUCUGAUGCUGUUGUCUUUGAUGGGACCAGACCCUUCCAUGCUAACUCCCAUCAUACUGACCACCAGAAAACCUGGUUCAGGUGCUGAAUAUGGCGUGAACUGUCCUGGUGUUUUCUGCCUGCCCAAUUAUGCACUAGUAAAAUAGCAAGGAAAUGUCCCUGAGCUAUUGAGAAACUUUAUUUUAUGUCUACAUAUGCAAUUGCCAAUAGGUUAUGUGAUGUC